GCAGCACCACGUGUGUCCGGCCGGCGGCGUGAGUCACGGCGGUUUGAAUCACAUUUUCACAGAGUGGAGUUGUAAGAUGGCGGCCCGCUGGGGAACCGGUGAGGACAUGUUAACAGCGUGUAAACUAGAGUAUUUUUCACCAACGACUCUUGACGAGUCAGAAAUACUACAGGAAGGUCUAUGCAGUUUGCAGCACAAUGGUCUGGACAGUGGAGAUGUACUUGAAGCCCUGCAUGGCUGUCUGGAUCCAUCCAUUCUGUCAAUCUUUGAAGACUCUUCAAAUGGAGAGGUUAAAAGUGGUGUUGAUGAAGAAAGUGAGACAACACUGCUCACAGCUCUCACUGAAAUACUUGACAAUGUAGAUGAUGAAAACUUGUCUCCUUUUGACACUCUACCUGACAUGGAGGUUUUGCAAGGGCAGAAGGGCCGUGAGCUUUCACCUAGACAUGAUGGUGGUGCUAGUUUUUCUGAACUUAUACAAGAUUUGGAUGUAUCAUCUGAAUUGGACUGGUGCCUUCCCAUAUCCCUAGAGCAGGAUGGAGAGACUGUGUCUGUUACUCUCAGCGAUUUGGUCAAGCACAUGCACCCCUAUGCCAUGACUUUGUGUGUAGAAGGGGAGGAACAGCUCCUUCCUGAAGGAGGAAUCAUUUUGGAGGUGAUGGAUAAAGGAGAACAUGGGGAACCCAUUCUUGCUAUCCCAGACCUGGGCUUUCCCCUAUCUCUUGAUAGUAUAGAAGAUGAACAGAAUAUUCCUGAAAGCAGAACAGAAAAGGUUACGUGUAAACAUGAAGACACUCCAUCAGAGGUGGCCCUCUCUAAGAUUUCACUGGUCAGAGACAACGAAAUGGGGAAUGUAAAAAUUAAACAACCUAAGAAAGAGUCACCUGAAAAAAGGCUCUUGAAAAAGAAAAAGAAAUGGAAAACUGAAGCACCCAAACCUGUUGAAGGAAGAGUGUUAAGGAGCAUGUCCUCUAAUGAGGCAGUUGAGGAACCCAGUAAGGAAGGGGAAGAACAAAAGAGGAAGAAAAAGGUCACAUUUGCACCUGUGCUUACUGGAGAUGAGAAUAAGAAGUGUCAAGUUAAAUCUUCAGAGGUGAAGACAACUGAAGUACAGGUGCCUAUUCCUUCCUUCACCAUAACCACCACAGCAAAUUCACCAUCAAAUCAAGUCUGUACUGAUGUCAUAAAACCAAAACACUUUCAUGUCCCUGAGGAAAAAGCCACACCUGGUGAACUACCUAGUGACAAAUGUAGUGAAACUGCUGUGCCUUCCGAGCAGCAGCCUGGAGUCAGCCAGCCAAGGGAACCCAAGCAAAAAUCACUCAGUUUACAACAGUACCGUCUUCUUCGCCAGCAGAAAAAACCAACUCCUCUGGAGAAUGUGGGUGACAACAGUACUAAAUGGCCUACUUUACCAGAAGCACCCAAGGAACUUCCUCCAAUCCCCUGCCUGCCUGACACCAGCCCUAAAGACCCACGUCGUGCAGUCUCCACUCCUGUGAAAAAGGAGUUUGUCCCUGAAAUCAUGCCCGCCUGGCAGCCAAGAGGCCCUGGAGCACCCCCGACUCCUCAGGCUUUGCUGGUUCCACCAGCAUCAAUGUUGGCUGCCUCUAAAAAACCUGUGUCCUGUAAGUCAGUUUCUCCAGCUCCCACAAAACCUGUAGAAAAUGUUGCCACAUCCACAGGCUCCUCCACACAGCCUGAUCCUCAGAAACCACCUGUUCCAACCAAUAUGCCAGAGAACGCUAUUCCCAACAAGGUAUCUCAGGCUGCUAAGCAGGCUUCAGCUGCAAUUACACUAUCACCACCAAUGGCCACUAAAGUUAGAGAAGCUCAGAAUCCGCACGUAGCUGAGCAGGCAAAAUGUUUACAAAAUACCUCCUCUACUUCUUAUCAGGUUACAGUGACCCAAUUAUCAGCCCUCUCUAAGGAUCAAGAAAUCUCACAAAUUCAGGUUGUGCCUGAAAGCACCACAAUCACUACAAGUACAAAAAUUGAUACCUCUAAGACUGCUUCUCAUAAUCUUAAUGUUGCAAGUGUAGCUGAGCAAAUGCUGAAAGUUUCUGUGCCUAAACCAGCAAAAUCCACUCAGUCAGUCAGUGCUACAAAGCCUACUGUCGCCUCCCAACGUCAUGUUGCACCAAUAGCUCUUCAGCCUUUCGCAUCCGCUCCAAUUCAGGCCAGAAUUAUGAAGCUGGCAGAGCAAAUGAGGAUGGCUUCUGUUGCUGUACCUAAAGCAAUGAACCCUACUGCAGAGCUUAUAGAGUCAUUCACCAGUGAAAUUGGUAUUGAGGCUUCUGACCUCACCAGCCUUUUGGAGCGGUUUGAAGAGACUCAGACCAAAGAGGAGCAGAAUGUGCCGGAUGUCUGUGGUAGAGCAGCUGCUGUAGGAAACUCCAGUGUGGAGCAGCAUGCAGAAACCACAGUGCUCAAAAAAGCUUGCAGUCCUGAUCUGGGCAGCACAGCAGGCCUUACUCCACCAGCCACACCUCCUCACCAGAUGUGGAAGCCCUUGGCACCAGUUGCAUUAUUAGAAAAACCAAUCAAGUCAGAAAAACCCAAAUCAACUCCAUCUAAGACCAUUCAAAUAGAGCCACUGCCUUUGCCUGCAGGCAGGCUCCAGUGCAAGCCCCAGACUUCUGUCACUCUUGGACAGGUCCAGCCUUUUUCUCUAGACCACGAUUACUGUCUCCUUUCAAACGAACCAUCCCAGAAUGAGCUGGCCAAUAAGCAACAACCAAACAUCAUUAAGUCUAUUGCGCUGCCCUCUGCAAACAACAAGGCAUCUGCAGAGACUGGAUCUAAACUCCCUUCAAACACCACCAUUAAAGAAAGCUUUCAGGAAAAUGUCAAAUUUCAGCACCUUGUAUGUGGGAGUCAGUCUAAGAGGGAGGCCUUGACCACCACAGGCAUUGUGACCCCGGAUGCUUCUCCAGAAAGGUUGGAUUCUGAGAGAUAUCAGGGAUAUUCUGAACGUUCCCCCAGCCCAUGCCACCAGAAGAGAGGUCGCACACAGAGAAAAUACAGAACACGGUUACCUAGCAGGUCUAGAUCCACAUCAAGCAGUUCUGGAUCUUCCGGAUCACGCUCACCACCCAGGAAAAGAUAUAGGUCUCGCAGCGCUUCCAGAUCUCCUUCAAGAUAUCGUACCCAUUCCCGCUCAUCAUCUCCUCGCCAGCGCAGAUACUCGUAUUCCAGCUCCGGCUCUGAUUCUUGGAGCCGCAGCCGUUCUCGGUCCCGAUCACAUUCUCGGUCUCCCUCUCGCAGGUUUCCUCGCUGGGACACUCUUCAUGGCCGUAACCAGAGAUCUAACUACUGCUAUGAUUUAAAACCUCAUAACGAGGAAAUUAGAAGAUACAAGGAGAAGGCUAUUGAGGAGCGUAGAGUUGUUUAUAUUGGUCGUAUUCAUGGAAGCAUGACCCGUAAGGAACUGAAGGAGCGCUUCUCAUACUUUGGGGAGAUUGAGGAAUGCACUGUACACUUUAGAGAGCAUGGAGACAACUAUGGCUUUGUCACCUACUACAACACAAAGGAUGCAUUUAAUGCUAUUGAGAAUGGAAGCAAGCUGCGGCAGCCAAAUGAACUUCCAUUCGAUCUGUGUUUUGGAGGCAGGAGACAGUUUUGUAGGGCUAGUUAUGCUGAUUUGGAUUCAAAUCGUGACUUUGAUCCAGCCCCUGUGAAAGGCAGGGUUAAUGCACUAGACUUUGACACUUUACUAAAGCAAGCUCAGAGAAACUUGAAAAGGUAACACUUGAGGAAAAGAGGAAGACUGGAAUCAUAUCAUGUAUUACCUCAGUGCUACGCACAAACCUUCCAAGUGCUGCCAUUAAGUUCGUGGAAUUUUCUUUUUCUUAUUUGUUUUUUUUUCUUCUGCAAGCUUACACCUUCUAUUGAAGUGAAGAUUUGUAUGAAAAAUUAAAAGAUUAAAAAAAACUGAAUAACAUAAAAUAGUCACGAUUUUUUAAAAUGAAGAAUUUAUUUAAAUGCUUAUACUAAAAUGUUGGAUGCAUUUUAAGGAUUAAUGAUGAGAGGAUGGAUUUACAUUGCUGAAAAUGCAGCCCAGUCCAAAUAAACCCAUACAAUAACUUG